UUCAAAUGCGUCCUGGUUGGACACGGCGCAGCCGGCAAGACCACAUUCCUCAAAUGGCACCUGCAACAGGGUCGUGAACCAAUCGACUUGCGCUACAUCCCAACGCUCGGUGUGGAGGUGCAACCGCUCGCAUUCCGCAUGAGUGGAGGAGGCAGCAUUCGUUUCAACUGCUGGGAUUGUGCUGGUCAGGAAAAGCUCAGCGGGCUUCGUGACGGGUACUUCAUAGGGGCUCAGUGCGGCAUUGUCUUCUUCGACGUUACAGACCCUGCGUCGUACGAGCAGGUCGGCAGGUUGAUAGCAGAUGUGAGGCGUGUUGCGGGUCACGCUGCGCCGAUCGUGGUGGUUGGAAGCAAGACCGAGCGUCCCGACAGACAGGUUCUCGUGGACGAGUCGCUGUAUGAGCGAAUGCGGGAGCUGGGUGUGUUAGCUCCAGAUGGGCACCAGGGGUACUGCGAUGUCAGUGCAGUUGCAGAUGUGAACAUGACGGAGCCGUUUGAGGAACUGGCAAGGCGGCUCACUGGAGACGCAGACUUGAGUCUG